UUUUUUUUUUUUUUUCCUCCAAAGGAUGUCAGUGCGGCGUGCAGGCUAGCAUACUGAAUCAUGGGAAAACAUGAUGCCCGGUCACAGAAUGCACUUGCUCCAUCGGCACACCUAUAUUAGUUACAUAAGUUCAUCUAAAUUAUUUUACGUUAACCUUUCAUCUGCAAAUAACAUGUUUACGCGUGUUUGGUGUUCACAUGCAUAGGGCCGAGUCUAGCUGGAGGCGUGUCUGCAUCCCUCGCUGUAGUUCUCCGCUGGUGACCCAUCUCCAGCCUCUGUUAGCAUCUCUGGCCUCCCCACAGUCCUGCCGUUGCUACUGAAGUUACCAUUAGCAACUGGGCAGCGCCCGGCCAAGCACCUACAACCGCUGUCGAUGUUGUCCUGGGAAAUACAGUAGGUACAGUAAGCGCUCUUUGAUUUCCAGACACAGUAAAGGCCUUGACAGACAAGUGAAUCAUAGGCUGUUGGGAUGUUGGCUGGCCAUGGUUAACACGUAAGGUCGCAGUGAGUGGCCCUGCCAUGUUGCCAGGAGUCGGUGUGUUUGGCACGGGGAGCACAGCCCGAGUGCUGGUCCCGUUGUUGAAAGCUGAAGGCUUUGAGGUUCAUGCACUCUGGGGGCGAAGUGAAGAGGAAGCGUGCUGCUUGGCAAAGGAGCUUGGCAUCCCAUUUCACACUAGCCGAUCUGAUGAUGUCCUGCUGCACCAAGAUGUCGACCUUGUUUGCAUCUAUAUUCCACCUUCAAUGACGAGGCAGAUUGCUGUCAAAGCACUGGGUAUAGGUAAGAACGUUGUGUGUGAGAAAGCUGCAACUGCUGUGGAUUCGUUCAAGAUGGUGACUGCCGCCAGAUACUACCCCCAGCUGCUCAGCAUUAUGGGUAAUACCCUGCGCUUCCUGCCAGCUUUUGUUGCAAUGCGCCAGCUGCUGGUGGAGGGAUAUGUUGGCAAAAUGCAAGUGUGUGAUGUCCGAGUCUAUGGCCCCAGCCUCCUGGACCAGUCGUAUGGCUGGACAUGUGAGGAGCUGAUGGGAGGAGGCGGUCUGCACACUGUCGGCUCUGCCAUCAUUGACCUUUUAAGUUACCUAACUGGUGCACGAGCCCAUCGUGUUCAUGGCUUACUGCGGACCUUUGUACAACAAAAUGGUUUGAUCCGAGGCAUCCGCCGCAUCACCAGCGAUGAUUUCUGUUUCUUCCAAAUGUUGAUGGGUGGAAUUGGGUCCAGCUCUGGUGGUGUGUGUUGCACUGUGACCCUGAACUUCAACAUGCCAGGGUCAUUUGUGCACGAGGUUAUGGUAGUUGGAUCCACUGGGAGACUGGUUGCCAGGGGGACAGAACUGUAUGGCCAACGCAAUGGGAGUAAAGGUGAGGAGUUGUUGCUAAGCGACAGUGGGUGGGCAGGACCAGAGGUGAACGAGAUGCCCCUGCCUCAACUGCGGGGGCUGAGUUCCAUGGUAAAGGCACUGAGACAGUCUUUUCAGGCUCACGAGGAGCGCAGGUCAUGGGCGCAAGGACCGGUUGCCAUGGCACCAACAUUUGAGGAUGGUCUGUAUGUGCAGACGGUGGUCGAGGCAGUGAAACGGUCCAGCUGUAGUGGAGAAUGGGAGUGCGUUGAGAUCAUGAGUCAGGAGCCAGAUCCGAAUCACAACCUGUGUGAGGCUCUGCAGAGAAAUAAGAACUAAAUAUAUUUAUACACCCAGUGCAACUACUAGAUGUGUCUGACAAAACUGGGCUCUGAAUGUUUUUCCUUUUAAUUCAGCUGCUGACGCAGUUUACAUUACCCAUGACUACUUUUUGCAUUUUCACAUUUUGAGCAGAAUAUUUUGUUUGAGAAACCAUAACUGUGUUCUGGAUGUUUGUACCCUCACACCUGUGAUUUGUUUGUACACUAAACUUGUUAACCGCAGCUCCAUUAUUUUGAUUCUCAGCAGAAGAUAUUAUAGUAGCUGUGUCUUAAGUUUGUGUGUCAAAAUCUACCUGUGCCCCGCUGACAUGUAUAUGACCAAUACCAUGCCAAAAAGUAGACACAGUUGUUAUUCUCACUGAAGCUUGAAGUCAUGCCUGCAGGUUUCCAGCUAAAUAAGGUUUAUAUUUGUCACCUGUCAGUAAAGAGCAAAAUUAUUUGAGAGUUAAAAAAACAACCUUUCGCGACGUCUGACCUUUGCCUUUAUCGUCACUUUAAGCAGCUUGUCUGGAUACACUUCUGUAUUUUAAUAAAAAUGCAGGUUGUUGUAUUUUACUGAUAAUUAGAGAUAGAUCCAAUAAGCCUUUACCUCAUGCUUGUGAUUGGACAAGAGCACAGCUCUUCCUGAGGUAUGCCAGAACAUUUUUGAAUAUUUCCUCUUUUAGCAGUUUUUUUGAAAGUUAAGUCAUCAGACCAUCAGUGGUUAAAGUGUUUGGAGAUUAGGAUACACCAAUAAAAUGGUUGACUGGACAUCAGCACUAUCAAAACAAAGUUGUAAAGUUAGCGCACAAGCAUAUACUUUUCUUCUAACAACCCAGUUUUGGGCAAUGACCAAUUUUUGAGAACCACAAGGUUUUUGUAAUGUUAGUAAAUUAUCACUUGCUUUUCAGUUGGGUCCCGCACAGUUUUUCCAAGCCUUGAAUUGAGUAAUUUAGCUCAGAUUAAAAACUGUUAGUGUACAGUCUAAGAGAGAAAACAUUUUAAUCUCUAUUGUACAUUUACGUAGAUGUUGAUGCUAUGGUGUUAAUAGCACCUUAUUCUGAAAGGAAGUGUUUACCUCAGACAUGAAUGUGAAUAUCAAAGCAUGAGGAUGAUUUGACAAAAUGUGGUGACUGGCAGAAUUCAAGUGAUGCUCCACUGGAAAAUUUAGAAUAAGAAUAAUAGAGCUGUGCAGAGUUUAGUUUUAUUUUUAAUUUUUUGUAAUGUGUAAUAAUAAGCAUACAUUUAAAAAAUGGGAAAGAUUGCAAGAGGGGCUUGUAGGUUUUUAUGUUAUGACAUGCCAGGGCAAACAUAAGAUACCUGGGAUUGAGUAAAAUAAGCUAUGUAGAAAACACAAUAAUGAAAAGUCUAAUUUGUAGCAUCGCCCCUGAGAAAGUCCAAUUCUUUAAGUGAUAUUUUCAUCUUGAAUCUUUCUUUUGAGUAUCACUCACACCCUGUGGGCUAGAAGUCUUCAUAGUGGGGGAAAUGUAUCAAAACCUCUUCUAAAGAAGUCUAAACUUCAAACUACUCCUGCAUCUUCCAUAUGCUCAGUAUGUUCAGUCAUCAUCUCAUCAAAACAUACUACUUCCAAAUAAAUACACUACUUCAAGAAGCUUCAAGACAGAUGUGUUUGUAGUAAUAUUUUGGGUAAACAAAAUAACAAAACAUGGAAGGACAGAGGUGAAGUGGAAAAGGACUUUUAGGGAUAAUUGGUACCUGUUCUCGUCACCAAUGGUAAUCCAUUUAACCAUUGAAACUGACUGAAGAAGGAAGCUACCAACUUUUCACAGCCACCUGUCAAGUUUACACAGGGUGAGCAUUUGAUGCUCAAAGGAGGGAUUUUACAUGGAGUAUCACAUUAAAUCUGACAUUAGCAGAAACAGGCUUGUCCUAGAAAUUACAGAGUAGUGACCUUUUAUUGUUAAACUUUUGUUAAAGUUUUAGAUACAACGCCUGAGGGUAUUUGACAACUAAAUUGGUUUAAAAUGUGUGUAAAAGGUUUGUUUACAUGUGUUAACCAUUGAAGUGAUUUGAUAUGUUUUUACAAGAUUUUGUUUCAUGCAAUAUAUGCAUUUAAAGUUAUUACAGAUGUUUAAAUCCAGAGAGUGAGGCCACCUUCCACCCUCUCACGCCCUUCAUCCUGAAACCUUACUGAUCUUUUCAUUGAGUAGAACCACUGGAUUUGACAUGCGUGAGAGUGUAAAUGUGUGCUCAGACCAAGAGAAGGAAGUGUAAAACAGUUUACGGUUGUUGUAGUCACUCACUGCAUCUCAGUACUGCUGAAUAUCUUAAUGACUGGAGGUAUUGAAGCAGUGUAAUGGUUUGGUUUGAUUGGUCUGUUCCCUUCUUCUUCUAGACCUAUGCAGGAUCUGCAGAUAUGAUACAUACAUGCUACACGCUUACCUCACGCUAUCCCAACAGUGCUUUACAAAAACAAUACACCAAGUUUACAUUAAGUGUCUUUUAUAAAACACAUCACAUUUGCCUGCAGGAUGUUCCAUAACCCACCACUAUAAAAAUACAUUCCAACCUAGUUUUCACCUUCUUGUUAACUGAUGUUUUUUAUUUGUUUUUUUGCACUGAUAACUGAUGCCACAUAUUUAAUAUGCAGUGGGAAGCUUGUACCAGCCAGCACACUGCAAACAUGAAUAUAACAUUCGUCUGUAUAAGGAAGGGUUUUUGUAUUUAUUUAUGUCUUGGUGUGGAGAAACUUUCCUAUCGUUUCUUCUGUUCAGUGUUUGUGUUUCCAGCCUGUGAAUUUCUGUUUAAAGCUGUAAUAUUUAUCUUGUUUAGAUUUAGUGUUGUUUUAAUUGGUAAUAUGGGUUUUUGAGCACAAUGUGUUGCAUUUACGUUGGGAAACUGAACUGUUCAUCUCCCUGACAGACAUUUCCUUUAAUAAAAACAGUUGUAUUCA